AUGUCGAGAUACGUAACUGAAUCUAAUAAUGAAAAAGUGCAAGAUCCAGUUUCAGCAUACCAUGCUGAUUACUUGGAUCGGGCACUCGUUGAAACCUUUAAUGAUAAUCAGUAUAUUUAUGAGUCACUUUUUAAUGGACUUUCGACUUUCCUUCAAUACUACAGUAAAAGGAUGGAACCUCAAGGCCUUAAAAAUGGAUGCACUCAACAAAUAAUAUUUUUUGAUGAUUUGUCUUUUUUGGAUGAUAAAACAAAUAAAGAUUUUAAUGAAAUAAUGUAUGCAUAUUUAAAUGAUAAAAUGGCAAAAUAUCCCAUAAUCUUCAUGAUCACAGAUGUGAAUGAUGCCAACAAUGAUUAUGCAAGAAAAGAUGAGAUUAACAACAAAAAUAUUUUUACCUCAAAUGUUGUUAAUUCAGAAAGAUGCAAACACAUAAAGUUUCUUGCCAUAGCAACAUACUUGAUGAUAAAUGCUCUUCAAAAAUACAUCAAUAAAAAAUAUGGAAAUGACAAACAAAAAAGAUCAAAAUUAAUUCCAUCAAUUGAAAAAAGAACAAAUGGUGAUCUUAGACAAGCGAUCAAGCUUUUAAGAUCAUUCCUAACCCACGUACCUGGAGAAGUAAUGGAAGAAAUAAAUUCAAGCAUCAUCAAUUACGACACAACGUUAAACGUUUUAUCUCAUGACUAUUUAACAGAUAAAUACACUGUUGUUAAAAAUGUAUUAUAUAAUUUUAGGACUGAACCUAAUGUUUUUAAUGAAACAAGUAUCAAACUUAAAGAGUUAAUUGGAAAGGAAGUUGUCCCUGAUGAAAUGCCUGAUCGACAUCCUAUUAAAAUAAUGCCUGAAGAUUCUUUGGAUAAUCUUGAUCAUGAUUUCUACCUUGAUUUAUUGCAAAACAAUUAUAUAAAUCAUUAUAGUAAUAUAUCAGAGAUAGCAUUUGUAGCUGAAAGGUUAAGUAGAUCAGAUUGUUUGAUUGGAUGUGGCGACAUUACGAAAGUAGCACCAAACCCCACUUAUUCAGGAUUUAAAAAAUCUCCAUAUCUUGAUACAUUUGGGAUUCAACGUCAAAAACAUCUAGAAUAUCAAGAAAUAUUAAACGCGACUUAUAAAAAUGAAAAUGCAUCUAAAGUUAAGAAUAACAAAACAUGGCAAUUAGAAUGUGUACCAUAUCUCAAGCAUAUUGUAAAAAAAAUGAUAUUGGUUCCAAAUAUAACAAUAGUAGCGCAAAAGAAAUAUAUUAAUGGUUUAACAAACUAUAACUCGUAA